AUGUACGGGGGAGGCGAUGAGGAGGAGUACGAGCGGGAGCGGGAGGAGGAGGAGAUUACGCAGGAGGACGCGUGGGCGGUGAUCAGCGCGUACUUCGAGGAGAAGGGGCUGGUGCGGCAGCAGCUGGACUCGUUCAACGAGUUCAUUCAGGACACGAUGCAGAGCAUUGUGGACGAGUCCGCGGAGAUCGAGGUCCGCCCGCAAGCGCAGCAUCUGCCUGGCCGACCCAUGGACAACACGGAUAUGACGUGCAAGGUGACGUUUGGGCAGAUCUACCUCUCCAAGCCAACAAUGACGGAGCCGGACGGCGAGACCAACACGCUGUUCCCCAAGGCGGCGCGCCUGCGCAACCUCACGUACGCCGCGCCUCUCUACGUGGACAUUACCAAGACCAUCACCACGCGCGGGGAGGACGGCGAGGAGGAGGUCAGCACGGAGCAAGCCGACAAAGUCUUCAUCGGAAAAAUCCCGAUCAUGCUGAGAUCGAAUUAUUGCACGUUACAUAAUGCCACGGAUAAGGAGCUGACGGAGCUGGGGGAGUGCCCGUACGACCAGGGCGGGUAUUUUGUGAUUAACGGGAGCGAGAAGGUGCUGAUCGCGCAGGAGAAGAUGGCGAGCAACCACGUGUAUGUGUUUCAGAAGCGGCAGCCGAACAAGUACGCGUACGUGGCGGAGGUGAGGAGCAUGGCGGAGAGGCAGAACCGCCCGCCCAGCUCCUGCUUCAUCCGCAUGCUCUCCCGUUCUUCUACCAAAUCGGGAUCGUCAGGGCAGGUGAUUCGAGCGACCCUCCCGUACAUCAAGGCGGAGAUCCCGAUCAUCGUGGUGUUCCGCGCGCUGGGGUUCGUGGCGGAUAAAGACAUCAUGGAGCAUGUGUGCUACGACUUCACUGACACUGCCAUGAUGGAGCUGCUCAGGCCAUCGCUAGAAGAGGCCUUCGUGAUUCAAAACCAGCAGGUGGCUCUGGAUUACAUUGGCAAGCGAGGCGUGCCAGUGGGUGCGCCACGCGAGCGAAGAAUAAAGUACGCCAAGGAUAUUCUCCAGAGGGAGUUCUUGCCCCACGUGGGUGUGGGCGAGUUUUGUGAAACCAAAAAGGCCUAUUUCUUUGGGUACAUGAUUCACCGGCUGCUGCUGUGUGCGCUGGGGCGGCGCAACGAGGACGACAGGGAUCACUACGGCAACAAGCGCCUCGACCUUGCCGGGCCGCUGCUCGCUGGGCUCUUCCGCCAGCUGUUCCGCAAGCUCACCAAGGAUGUGCAAGGGUACCUGCAGCGGUGCAUGGAUCACGGCAAGGAGAUCAACCUGUCGUAUGCAGUGAAGGCGAAGAUCAUUACAGGCGGGCUUAAAUACUCGGUGGCCACGGGUAACUGGGGGCAGGCCAACCAGGCGGGCACCAAGGCGGGGGUGUCACAGGUGCUGAAUCGUCUGGCCUACGCGUCCUCCCUGUCCCAUCUGCGCCGCCUCAACUCGCCCAUCGGUCGCGACGGCAAGCUGGCGAAGCCGAGGCAGCUGCACAACUCGCUGUGGGGCAUGAUGUGCCCCGCUGAGACCCCCGAGGGGCAGGCCGUGGGGCUGGUGAAGAACCUGGCGCUCAUGACGUACAUCACUGUAGGCAGCAACGCCGCUCCCAUCCUGGAGUUUCUGGAAGAGUGGCUCACUGAGAAUCUCGAGGAGAUCUCCCCAGCGCUCAUCCCGCAGGCCACCAAGGUGUUUGUCAACGGCUGCUGGGUGGGCGUCCAUCGCGACCCGGAUGAGCUCGUGCGCACGCUGAGACAGCUCCGGAGACAGCUGGAUGUGAACUCGGAAGUGAGUGUGGUGCGUGACAUCCGUCUCAGAGAGUUACGGCUCUACACGGAUUACGGGCGGUGCUCCCGCCCGCUUUUUAUCGUGGAGAAGCAGCGGCUGCUGAUCAAGAAGCGUGAUGUGCUGGCGCUGCAGCAGGAGGGGUCAGGCAUCGGGUGGAACGAGCUGGUGGAGAAGGGGUUUAUCGAAUACGUGGAUACCAUGGAGGAGGAGACUACCAUGAUCUCCAUGACCAUCCAUGACGUGACAGCGGCACGGCUGAACCCCACGGAGGCCUACAGCGACACAUACACACACUGCGAGAUCCACCCCUCGCUCAUCCUCGGCGUCUGCGCCUCCAUCAUCCCCUUCCCCGACCACAACCAGUCCCCCAGGAACACGUAUCAGUCGGCGAUGGGGAAGCAGGCGAUGGGCAUGUAUGUGACCAACUACCAGUCGCGCAUGGACACCGUCGCCUACGUCCUCUACUACCCCCAGAAGCCCCUCGCCACCACGCGCGCCAUGGAACACCUCCACUUCCGCGAGCUGCCUGCUGGGAUUAACGCCAUAGUGUCGAUCCUGUCGUACUCGGGCUACAACCAGGAGGACUCGGUCAUCAUGAACCAGUCGUCCAUCGACCGCGGCUUCCACCGCUCCAUCGUCUUCAAGUCCUACAGGGACGAGGAGAAGAAGAGUGGAAGCAUGGUGAACGAGGAGUUUGAGCGUCCCAACCGAGAAAUCACCAUGGGCAUGCGGCACGGGUCAUAUGACAAGCUGGACGAUGAUGGCAUCAUCCCUCCGGGCUCGCGAGUGGCAGCAGAGGAUGUGAUCAUCGGCAAGACAAUGCCCAUUCCUCCGGAUGAGACGGGCGGUGUGGCUCAGCGGUUCAGCAAGCGCGACAUGAGCACUUGCCUCAAGCACAGCGAGACAGGCGUGAUCGACCAGGUGGUUCUCACAACCAACAACGAUGGGCUCCGCUUUGUCAAGAUUCGCGUGCGCUCGAUCCGAGUCCCCCAGAUCGGCGACAAGUUUGCGUCGCGGCACGGGCAGAAGGGCACGAUCGGCAUGACGUACACGCAGGAGGACAUGCCGUUCAGCUGUGAGGGCAUCUCGCCGGAUAUCAUCGUCAACCCGCACGCCAUCCCGUCCCGCAUGACCAUCGGGCAUCUCAUUGAAUGUUUGAUGAGCAAAGUCGCUGCUCACAUGGGCAAGGAGGGGGAUGCCACACCCUUCACUGACGUCACGGUGGACAAUCUGAGCCGCACGUUGCACAAGUGUGGGUACCAGAUGCGGGGAUUCGAGCGCAUGUACAACGGCCACACGGGGCGGCCGCUGCAGGCCAUGAUCUUCCUGGGCCCCACCUACUACCAGCGCCUCAAGCAUAUGGUGGACGAUAAGAUCCAUUCCCGAGGGAGAGGGCCCGUGCAGAUUCUGACUCGGCAGCCAGCAGAGGGUCGGUCGAGAGACGGUGGGCUGCGGUUCGGAGAGAUGGAGCGGGAUUGCAUGAUUGCGCACGGCGCUGCGGCGUUCCUCAAGGAGAGGCUGUUUGACCACAGCGAUGCGUACCGCGUGCACGUGUGCGAGUUCUGCGGUCUCAUUGCGAUCGCGAACCUCAAGAAGGGGCUGCUGGAGUGCCGCGGAUGCAAGAACAAGACGGACAUUGUCCAGGUCCACAUGCCAUAUGCAUGCAAGCUGUUGUUCCAGGAGCUCAUGGCCAUGGCCAUUGCGCCUCGCAUGCUCACUCGCGAGACACCCGCGCCCAAGACGAAGAAGAAAGCACCCACUGCUGCUUCUUGA